GCAGUUUACCAGAUGCCAACUGAGAGUGAUGACUCAUCAAAAAGUGUAGCUCUAGCACUGCAGAGAGUGUUUUACGAACUCCAGUUUUCAGACAAGCCUGUAGGGACAAAAAAGCUCACAAAGUCAUUUGGGUGGGAAACGUUGGACUCUUUCAUGCAACAUGAUGUCCAGGAACUUUGUCGAGUGCUGCUGGAUAACAUGGAAAGCAAGAUGAACGGAACCUGUGUGGAAGGGACCAUCCCUCGACUGUUUGAAGGAAAAAUGAUUUCCUUCAUUAGGUGCAAGCAUGUAGACUACACGUCAAGCAGGGAGGAACCAUUCUAUGAUAUACAGAUGAAUGUUAAGGGGAAGAAAACAAUACACAAGUCCUUCAAAGAUUAUGUAGCAGUUGAAACACUUGAUGGAGAAAACAAGUAUGAUGCUGGACAUUAUGGCUUGCAAGAAGCAGAAAAAGGAAUAAUUUUUGCUUCUUUUCCUCCUGUUCUUCACCUUCAUCUUUUGAGAUUUCAGUACGAUCCCUUAACAGAUACCAAUAUCAAGAUCAAUGACAGGUUUGAAUUUCCAGAAAAACUCAGUUUAGAUGAGUUUUUACAAAAACCUGAAACAUCUCCAGCUGCUUAUACUCUUCAUGCUGUUUUAGUACACAGUGGAGAUAACCAUGGUGGGCACUACGUUGUUUUCAUCAACCCAAAAGGUGAUGGAAAGCCACUUUUCCAUCUGAUGAGAUGUUACAGUGUGUAUGGUACUUUGUUGUUUCUCAGACGACAAGAAGCACUAAGAAGGAAAGAAAGAAAUGAAGCUCACCUCUACAUGAAUGUCCAAGUACUCACAGAAGAUAACUUUAAUGGUCAUCAAGGAAAUGACCUGUUUGAUCCAGAAAGAGCUAAUUAUAGGAGUUUCAAAGUCAAGAAGGUAGCAACAUUAAGAAGCUUGAUGGAGACACUUUCUGAACAAAUGAAUUAUCCCAUCAACAUGAUUAGACCCUGGCCAAUGACGCUUCGGACAAACCAGACCUAUAGGCCUUCAGCUGUUGAUCUGGAGACUGACAGCAAUAAACCUAUUAUUGACUUAGCAGAUAAUGCGAAUCCAUGGACAGUAUUUUUGGAAACUGUUGAACCGGAUUCAGGAGCCGGUUGUCUCCCAGAAUUUGAUAAAGAUAGUGAUGUUUUAUUAUUUUUGAAGCUUUAUGACCCCAGGCACAAAAGAAUAUCUUACUGUGGACAUCUGUAUAUGCCGAUCACUGCCAAAGCAAGGGAACUUGUUCCAGAGCUAAAUCACAGGGCAGGUUUUCCAAUGGAUACCAGUCUCAUGCUAUAUGAGGAAGUUAAGCCUAACAUUGUGGAGAAGAUCGAAGACCUUGAUCUUCCCCUGGAGAAUGUUUUAGAAGAGUUGAUGGAUGGAGACAUCAUUGUUUUUCAGCAAGCAGACAUCAACCCUGAUGAGUUUGAACUUCCUACAGUCAAGGACUACUUCAGGGAUUUGUUCUACAGAGUAGAAGUAACUUUCUGUGAUAAAACCAUACCCAGUGAUCCAGGUUUUGUGAUGGAACUUUCCCUCAAGAUGAACUAUGACCAAAUGGCUAAUGCUGUUGCACAAAUACUAGAUACAGAUCCAUAUUUAUUACAGUUCUUCAAGGCUCAGAGCUAUAGAGACGGCCCUGGGAAUGCUCUUCGUUGUACAUAUGAAGGAACUCUAAAGGAUCUUCUGGUUACCUUUAAACCCCGGCAGCCAAAGAAGAUUUACUAUCAACAGCUCAGUAUCAAAAUCAACGAGUUAGAAAAUAAGAAACAAUUCAAGUGUGUGUGGGUUAACAGCAAGUUAAAGGAAGAGACUGAGUUGGUGCUCUACCCCAAUAAAAAUGGUAGUGUUGCAGAUCUUCUAGAAGAAGCUAAAAAAGUUGUAGACAUGUCUAAUGAAGGUUCUGGUAAACUUAGGUGAG